AUGAAGCUCGCGGACAUUAAGAAGCUAAAAGUCGCGGAACUGCGGUCGAAGCUCCAAGAAGCGGGUCUGGAGUGCAAAGGGCUGAAGGCAGAGCUGGUAGGCAGACUCUGGUCGUCGCUGGAUCAGCAACAGCCUGCACGGACACCCGGACAAGACACACCGGGACCAGACACACCGGGACAAGACAUACCGGGACAAGACGACGACACGACGGUUGUAGCGGAUAAUAUACAAGCGGCGGCGUCCCCGUCCUCUUUACUUCCACAACAAACCUCCAGAGAGUGUUCCGACUCCACGACACAGACGGACGGCGAGGGCGGCUCACAGAGUCCCCUAGCCGACUGUGAGCAGCUGCCAGUCGGCCAGAGAGAGGCCGGAGCCGGGAGGAGCGAGCUGGAGGACCGAGGCUGGGCUUUCUACGAGUUUAAAGAGGAGAUACGAUAUAAAAGAGCCAAAGCACCACAAGCUCCACUGGAGAGAGACGAGUCGCAGCAGGAAGUUGAAGAUGCAGUCAAGUUAGAUUCCUAUGACAGCCACCUGCACUUUGACAUAAGCCAAGAUGGUGUCUGUGGUCAGCCGCGGUUCUGGGACAGGUUCCCCCUGCUGUGGUCCGGCUGCAGGCUCACCCACGGGGUGUGGCAGGGCAGGGUGAGCUUCGAGGCGAGGCUGGAGAGGACGUUGUUAAGCAACAACAUGGUGGACGGCCUUGAAAGCAGCGAGGCUUACGGCAUGCGAGUAGGCUGGUCCUUGAGCCAAACAUCACUGCUACUUGGUGAAGAGGCCUUCUCCUUCGCAUACGAUGCAGGAGCCAGAAAAGUGACCAGCGGGCAAGAAGAAGACUACGGGGAGACGUUCUCCGAGGGAGACAUCAUCGGCAGCUAUGCUUCUUUCUCCACCAACGGAAGUGUUCAGCUCUCCUUCCAUAAAAACGGGCGUUUCAUGGGCGUGGCCUUUUCCCUCGAGGCCUCGGAGCUUCAAGGCCGCGCUCUGUUCCCUCACGUCCUCUGUAAGAACUGUGCGGUCCGCUUCUUGUUGGGCGCCACAGCCCCGGCGUGGUACUGCAGCCCUCCUGGCUUCACCCCGCUGGCGGCGCUCCCUGCUGGGCUGAGGCUCCGCAGCACGUUGGGCCCCAACUCCAGAGCGCAGAGUGAGGUGGUGUUGAUGGUGGGUCUCCCUGCUGCGGGAAAGAGCCACUGGGCCAAAGCUCGCGUACGACAGCAUCUGGGAAAACACUACAGGCUGCUGAGCACCGAGGAGCUGCUGGCAUGCAUGAUGGGACGGGGAGCGAGGGAGCGCCAGCUGCAGCAGGCCGCUCAGUGUCUGACUGAAUUAAUCCAAAGAGCCGCUAACACGCCAGGCAACUACAUCCUGGACCAGGGACGGCACACACCAGUUUUGUCUUUGAGCCUGUAA